CAUGACAUGAACAGCAACCUUACUAACAAGGUGGAGCCAGUAGAUGAGGACCUGGUGCGGAUGUUGUCAUUUACAGCUCGUGGUUGUUUCGCGCCUCUGUGUGCAGCCAUUGGUGGGUUUGUGGCACAAGAAGGACUCAAAGCUCUUACUGGGAAGUUCACUCCCCUCAAUCAAUGGCUUUACCUAGAUGCAGUUGAUGUUGUAAGUAAGAAGGACACCACUGAUCCAGCACAGUUUCAACCAAGAGGUGAUCGAUAUGAUGCUUUAAGGAUCUGUAUAGGAGAGAGCAAAUGUUGUCAGUUAGCCAACACAAGGUUGUUUAUGGUCGGCUGUGGGGCUAUUGGCUGUGAGAUGCUAAAGAACUAUGCCUUGAUGGGGAUUGCUUCACAAGAUAAGGGCCAAAUAACUAUAACAGACAAUGACCUUAUAGAGAAGUCCAAUUUGAACAGGCAGUUUUUGUUUCGGCCACACCACAUUCGGAAACCAAAGAGCACAACUGCCGCCCAGUCAGCCAAUGAAAUUAAUCCAGCAUUACGAAUUGAAGCUCAACAGCACAAAGUGUGUCCUCAGACUGAAGCAGAACAUUACAAUGAUGAUUUCUUUAGAAACCAAGACUUGGUGGUGAAUGCUUUGGACAACGUGGAGGCUCGGCGAUACGUAGACAGUCGGUGUGUGACCAAUCAGAAGGCCCUGUUGGAGUCUGGUACCAUGGGAACAAAAGGUCAUGUACAGGUUAUAAUACCUCACCUGACAGAGUCCUAUGGUAGUCAGAGGGACCCAGUAGAUGAGGAUAUACCUUACUGUACACUCAAGUCAUUUCCUGCUCAGAUAGAACACUGCAUACAGUGGUCAAGAGACAAGUUUGAAAGCUCCUUUGUACAGAAACCAGCUUUAUUUAACAAGUUUUGGACGACCCAGGGUCAACCACAGCAAGUCAUAGAGACUCUAAAGCGUGGGUCACCACUUGAGGGUGCGAUCCAGAUCAGCAAGAUCUUGCGUUCAAAGCCUGUAAACUGGUGUACAUGUGUAGUACUAGCUAGACUAAAGUUUGAGAAAUACUUCAACCACAAGGCAAGACAUCUACUACAUCACUUCCCAUUAGAUACAAGAUUAAAGGAUGGCUCCCUGUUUUGGCAGUCUCCGAAGCGACCACCAGUGCCUCAGGAAUUCAAUGUAGGAGAUUCUACGCAUUUGUCUUUCAUCAUAAGUACAGCGAAACUGUAUGCUCAUGCAAGUAGGAUACCUGUCUCAGCUCAGGAGGUGACGCCAAGUAUUAUCAGUGAUAUUCUACAAUCAGUUGAGGUGCCUGAGUAUAAACCGUCCUCAAAGGUAUAUCAGAUUGUAAUAUUUGGGUGUUAUUCAGCUCGGAUAUUUACAAUUGUUCUGGUGGUUGAAUUAAGGGAGACAAGGGUUAUAUCAAAAACCUUUUAAAUAUGACAGAACACCUCAUAUCUGAAAACCAGAUGUCCCUACUCUCAGCUAUCUUAACUCCUGUCCCUGAUGUAAUGUAGGGUUUGUACUUAUGUAAAUAUCCAAACAUCAGUAUAUACUGU